AUGGUGGUGGUGCUUCUUGUUCCUUCACCUUCCAGAUGUCUUCAUACUCAUAUCAUUAUCCAUUCCCCACCACCAAACCUCUUCAACCGUAUCAUUAUCCAUUCCCCACCACCACACCGCCAUCCGCACUGCUCACAAUCACCACUUCUCAGACACAGCCUUUCCUGUUCAAGGCUUCAGGAAAUUUCUGUUGCCUCAGAGUCAUUAGAUGAACACCAACACGGGCAGAGUGAAAACAUCAACAACAACUCCUCCAAGGAGGUCAAAACCACUUCUAAAAUACAAGUGCCCAGACAAAAACACAUCCCUGUUUCCAAGUCCCAACUUCGAGAUGCCAUCCUCUCUAUCAUGCUUCAUCAAGAUGCUGCUCAUCACUUUCGCCUUCUCACCUCAUGUUUGGACUCUAUACUUCAUGCUGAACACAAAACCAUCUUAGAGGAUAUGCGUUCGGAUUAUCACCUCACCAAUUCACUCCAAACUCCGGAUGACCACAAUAAUGGGAACGGGAAUGUCUAUCAGGACGACAUGCAGCAGCUUCAACCACAAAAGUCCUUGCUUUCCGAUUAUGCUCUCAACCUCGAGACUCUUUUGCGUUCUCUCGACCCCACUCCCAACAACGAUUAUGACAGGGGCUCCAGAGUUACCAUUGCUACUCGUUUCCAACGUUCUUUCAUGCAACUUCUUUCUGAUGCACAAUUCGAAGAACUAUCAGCUCGAGAUCUAAUGUUGACAUCUGCAUUGAAUACAGACUAUCUCCUUACCUUGCCAAUAUAUGUUGAUUGGGAGAAAGCAUAUGAGUCUAAUGCCAUAAUAUUUAGGCGGGGUUAUGCAACUGAGAAGCAGAAUGGCCUAUUAAUUGUUGAAAAACUGGAUUACUUACAGUCCAAGCUUCUAGAAACAAUCUUCUCUCUUAUAUCAAAACCACUAGCAAAACUUGGCACCAGGAUCAACGAGCUUUAUGAAAAUUUCAGUCAGAAACAUGUAGUGCACAGUUGGACAGAAAGAUUGAGGCUUUGGCUAAAGGAACUGUCAGUAUUUCAAAAGUCACUGCUCCAUAAUGACAAUGCUUUGGAUGAGCAAAUAGGUGUAAACCAAGUACCAAAUGAAGAACUCCCUAUUUGGCUUGCAGCUCAGAGGGCAGUAGCUCGAUAUGAAGGGAUUUUGUCACCUGUUGGUCCCCGUGAAAGGCUCUUGAGGAGAUUGCUUUCUUGGAUUGGACUCAUUCCCCUUAAAUCAGAAACACCUUUUCAGGUUGAAAAUGAUGGUGACUCUCCUGAACCUUAUCUAAGGCCUACUUUUUUAUCAAGGAUAUCACUUAGUGAUACAUGGAGACCUGCAACAAGGAAGUACUGCGGAAAUGAUCCUUGGAAAAUGUUAAAAACUUCCAUUUCCAUACUUUUCUCAAAAUCAGUCCUGCAGGAACCAGCCUUUGAGGAAUUAAUUCUAUUGUAUACCGAGGAAGUUGGAGAAACCAAUGGUAAAGAUAAAGCUGAGGUUCCAUCAUUGCAGUUAAAGAUCUACGAGAGAAUUCCUUUUCCAGAUUUAGCGGUGGUUUUUCCUCAUAAAAAGCUAUCAUUCCGCAUCAUAGACACCGUGCGCUUGGAUAUUGCCACAAUUUUGGGACUCCUGGCAUAUUUUAUAAACUACAAAUUUGAGAAUGUCUUAUCUUCCCCAUCAGCUGUAUUACUUGAUGUAGUUGCCGUAAGUGCUCUAAUAAUAUAUGGGAGUCGUGUGGCUCUAGGCUACAAACAGACAUGGGAUCGGUAUCAGCUAUUAGUGAACAAGACACUUUAUGAAAAGACAUUAGCAAGUGGCUUUGGCUCAGUACACUUUCUUUUAGAUGCUUCUGAACAGCAGCAAUACAAGGAAGCUAUUUUGGCUUAUGCAGUGCUGCUCAAAGCAGAUAAGGGCCAGGUGACUUCUCGGCAAAGUGUAGGAGAGGAAUGUGAGAGAUUCAUGUAUGAAGUUUUUAAAGUGAAGGUUGAAAUGCCAAUUGACAAGGCACUCAAUACGUUAUUAAGGCUGAGCCUAGCAACUGAAACCUGUAUUGAUGGAAAUCAUGGAUUGUUGGCUGUACCUUGUCCGCAGGCCUAUGAAGGCCUUAAAGAGCGAUGGAAUAGUUUGUUUUGUUAA